AUGACCGAGGCGCUCGAACAUCAAGUUCAAUUGCUCCGGCAAAUCGACUGGUCGCUCGAGAACUUUAAAAAGAUCGGGAAAAACAAUUACACUGCCGCGAAAAUCCGAAAUAGACUCAGUGCUUUGAAGGAGUUGCGGGCGCAAGUUCAAACAGGCCACGCCAAACUACGGUGCACGGUGUCGAUGGAAAGCCAGAAGACCAUCGAAUACUUCAAGGACAAUCAUUUCGAGGUCUGUGAGGAGCUCUACCUCCGUACCUCCGAUUAUAUGUCCGAAUGUCUGGAAGAGGUUGAGCCAAUCGUAAGUCCGAAUACGUCAGUUACUCAGGACAGCUCAAGUCCAAGCUCGUCCUCCGCAUUCUCGGUAUCCCAUCUUCCACCGAUCAGUCUUCCACCGUUCGAUGGUAAAUUUGAGGAGUGGGAAAGCUUCCGCGAUCGAUUCACGUCGCUAAUUAUUCAGAACAAGGAGCUCAAGGACUUCGCGCGUAUGCACUUUCUCACGUCCAGCUUAACGGGUCGCGCUCUCGAGUGUGUUCGAAAUCUACCGGUGACCGUGGACAAUUUUAAAGUCGCGUGGGACACGCUAAAAUCGCGAUUCGAGUGCAAGCGGAGACUCAUCAACGUUCAUCUAAUGUCGUUAUUGAAUUUGCCGGUCAUUCAACGCGAGUCCGCUCUGGACCUGCAAGGUCUUCGCGAUAAGACUAUCGCCACGAGAGCAGCGCUCACCAACUUGAAACGCUCUCCCGAGGAGUUAUGGAACGACAUGCUCGUGUGUCUAGUGUCGCAAAAGUUGGAUCCUGUCACGCGAAAAGCGUGGAAGUUAAAAAUAAACGACGCCACUACGGUGCCGUCAUACAAGUCAUUGGAUGACUUUCUUGACACGCGAGUUCGAGCACUCGAGGAAUGGAAGCCGCCCCUCUCGGCCCCGGAGAAAUCAACGAAACCAUCGCACGCACAGAAAAUUACAAGCGCAACCGCUAGCGCAAAAGCGCCAUUGCAAUGUUCAUUGUGCAAAUCCAAUCAUUUGCUUCAUGCAUGUCCGCAAUUUGCCAAGAAGAGUACGAGUCAGCGUCGCGAUUUCGUAAAACAGGACGGCCGUUGCUUUAAUUGCCUAAGCAAAGGUCACGCGAUUCAAACGUGUGCGAGUAAAUAUACUUGUCGGCAAUGUAAGAAAAAACAUCACACGUUGUUACACGAUGACUCGAGCUCUUCUUCUCAACUCGAUGACGUGACGCCGUCGAGCCAAUCGGAAAAGUCCGCAGAAAUCAAAUCUGCCGAAGUAAAUUCGUUGUCGUAA